UGUGAAGAAGAAGUUUCAGUACUGGAAAGAGAGGGGUGUACCGCAUGUGAAACCUCAAUUUCCUUUUGGAAAUCUUAAAGGAAUGUCGAGUGAAAAACACAUAAGCAAAUUUUUCGCCGAUAUGUACACUCAACUCAAGGGUCAAGACGUUUUCGGAGGAAUAUACUUCUUUACCAAGCCAGCUGUUAUACCGUUAGAUUUGGAUUUUCUGAAGAAUAUUCUUGUUAAGGAUUUCCAAUAUUUCCACGAUCGUGGAAUUUACGUAAACGAAAGAGAUGAUCCCUUAUCUGCACAUUUAUUUGCCUUGAAUGGUCAGCGUUAGAGAAAUUUAAGAAAUAAACUAAGUCCUACAUUCACAUCUGGGAAGAUGAAGAUGAUGCAUAGUACGAUUAUUUCGGUUGCUAAAGAGUUCCAAAAUUACUUGGAGCCUAUUGCUCAGAAAAAUGAGGAAAUAGAAAUAAAAGACGUUCUCUCAAGAUUUACAACAGAUGUGAUUGGAAAUUGUGCUUUUGGCAUUGAGUGCAACAGUCUCAAGAAACCUGAUGCGGAAUUUAGGAGAAUUGGGAAGAGAGUAGUUGAAUUUUCUUCAUUUGAAAUAAUGAGAGCUUUCUUUUUGGGAAUGUUUCAAAAUCUGGGAAGAGCAUUCAGAAUGAAAAUUACUAAACCGGACGUUUCGGAAUUUUUCAUGAGGCUCCUUAGGGAAACCACACACUAUAGAGAUAAAAAUAAUAUUAAGCGAAACGAUUUUCUUUCGCUGCUAAUGCAGAUUAUGAAGACAGGGAAACUUGAGGGAGAUGAAACGGAUUUGGGAAAAAUGACUUUUGAAGAACUGGCAGCUCAAACUUUCUUAUUCUUUAUUGCUGGAUAUGAAACUUCUUCAUCUACCAUGACUUUUGCUUUAUACGAGUUGGCACAACACCAGGAUAUUCAGGAUCGUGCAAGGGAAGAAGUCAAGAAGGUUCUAGAGAAAUACAAUGGAGAAUAUACCUAUGAAGCUUGUUUGGAAUUUAAGUACAUUGACCAAAUUAUUCAUGAGUCUCUAAGAAAAUAUCCAAUUGUGGACAGUCUUUUACGAAGCUGUGGACAAGAUUACAAUGUUCCUGGCACAAAGCAUGUAAUUGAGAAGGGAACAUUCUUUAACAUUUCGGUUUAUGCUAUUCAUCAUGAUCCAGACAUCUAUCCAGAUCCAGAGAAAUUCGAUCCUGAUAGAUUUACCGAAGAAAAUGUGAAGAACAGACAUCCAUAUGCUUGGCUACCAUUCGGAGAGGGUCCAAGGAUUUGUGUUGGAAUGCGAUUUGGAAUGAUGCAAACUAGGGUGGGAAUUGCUAGUCUUUUGUCAAAAUAUCGAGUUAUAACUUGCCCUAAGACGCUGAUACCUCUAGUGUUGGAACCAUCUAAUUUUGUAAUGACCCCCAAAGGUGGAAUGUGGUUAAAAUUAGAGAAAGUGUAACAAGCAAUUUCAGAAUAAAAAGAUAAUUAAACAACUUGGAUAAAAUAAAAUAACCAUUUAAAAAUUUUAUAACUAUGUAAUUGAAAUAAAAUGACCCGUUCAUGUUCGUUUACUAAACAAUGUUGUCUCAAAAAAGAAAAGAUGCUGUAUCUGCAAUUUUGUUUAUGGUUUUUGUAUGGAAAAAAAUCGAAAUGUUUUUCUGCGUAGAAAUGACCGUGUAGCAAAGUUAUAAAUUCCUUUUUUCGUAUCAUCGUGCAUUCAAAAAGACACGAUCAUUAAAGACAAAUUUUGUACAUCCACAACACAAUCAUCAGAGGUGAUUAGACUUUCCACGUGCGUGAUUCUCAAACAUGACAUGUUGAUCAAAAAUUGAUGCAUGAUUUUGCUUCUGUUGAUCAUGCAUGACUUUUCAGAAAAUAUUGUCAAGUAGCGACAAAAAGAAAAAUCAAAACAUAUUUACUUCUACAAUACAAUCUUAUCUCCUGGUUUACCAAUCACUUGAAAACUACGCAUACAGUUGAACUUCAGCAAUAUAAAGUCGCGAUCUUGCCAAAUUUUAAAUAUUCGAAGUGUAACUGUGAAGUUGGAAAGGGUGCCAUUAAAUUCUUGUCCACAAUAUGGAUUUGAACUUGGUUCUUGUGACUGUAGUCACCCUGCUUGUUGCAGGAUACCUCUAUGUGAAGAAGAAGUAUCAAUAUUGGGAGGAAAGAGGAGUCCCAUACGUGAAGCCUCAAUUCCCUUUUGGAAAUAUUAAAGGAAUGGGAGGUUCUAAGCAUACUAGUAAACUAUUUGCUGAUAUAUAUAAACAACUCAAGGGUCAAGACGUUUUCGGAGGGAUAUACUUCUUCACCAAGCCGGCUAUAAUCCCAUUGGAUUUAGAGUUCUUGAAAAAUAUUCUGGUUAAAGACUUCCAAUACUUCCAUGAUCGUGGAGUCUACGUCAAUGAAAAAGAUGAUCCUCUAUCUGGGCAUUUAUUCGCUUUGUCAGGACAGCGUUGGAAGAAUUUGAGAAACAAACUGAGCCCUACCUUUACAUCUGGAAAGAUGAAGAUGAUGCACAGUACGAUCAUUGCAGUUGCUAAAGAGUUUCAGAAA